UCUCCAAAAGUCCUUGUGAUACCCCAGAAGUGUCUCGGAUCUCCUUGAAAAGCCUGUUUCAGUCUCCCCCACCCCAGGUCUGCCUUAAAAUCGGUUUCAGCUACCCCACAAAAAAGUGCGGUUUCGUACUCCUCAAAAAAGUCAGUUUCACACGCCCUCCAAAGAAGAAAAAGCUUCGCGGAGGAGGGGGUGCUCUGGGGCAUCCGUUUCACACCCGUCUCCAGUUGGCAAACAAAGCGGGGGUUUCUCCUUUUCUGAUGUCGGGUCUUCCUCAACCUCGGAACCCCCUCUAACCCCUCGGUUUCUGCUUGCCGCUCCCGCCCCCUUCUGGGUCCCCGGGGAGAGAAGCUGGAGGGACUUCGCUGUCUGACUGUGGGACGGAGACCCUCAUCGGGGUGUGGGACGGGGCUUGGCAGGUGGAUCCCCCACCCCGUUCUAGAAAGGAGCCCUGGGGACCCUGUUGGGGAAACCCUGGUAUUAGGACAACUCCCCCCCCCCCUUCCAGGGCCGGGAGGCAAGGAAUGUUUUUAAAGUUGCUUAAAAAUAAUUCCCGGAUACAUGGUGACAAUAAAACAACCUAGGGUGGCUUUUCUUCUUUCAGAGUUCAGUUGUUUUUUGUGGGAGGAGGAGGCGAAGUGUGGAGGGAAGCUGUGAGGGGCUGUCUCUAGGCCUGAGGAGCCCCUCCUGGCCCUUGGCCAUCGGGCCCCCGUUGCUGCUGGAGAAUGAACCAGCCGCAGAGGAUGGCGCCCGUGGGCACGGACAAGGAGCUCAGUGACCUCCUGGACUUCAGCAUGAUGUUCCCCCUGCCGGUGGCCAACGGGAAGAGCCGGUCUGCCUCCCUGGCUGGUGCCCAGUUUGGAAGCUCAGGUCUGGAGGACCGGCCCAGUUCAGGCUCGUGGGGCGCCAGUGAGCAGAACAGCUCCUCCUUCGACCCCAGCCGGAGCUAUGGUGAAGGUGCCCAGUUCAGCGAGUCCCACGCCAGCCUCUCUUCGUCCACAUUCCUAGGACCCGGGCUCGGAGGCAAGGGCGGCGAGCGGGGCACAUACACCCCCUUUGGGAGAGACGCAGGGGUUGGCAGCCUGUCUCAGGCUGGCUUCCCUCCCAGUGAGCUGGCCCUUAGCAGCCCAGGGCCGCUGUCCCCCUCAGGUGUCAAGGGAGGGACCCAGUAUUAUUCCUACUCUGGCCACCCUCGGAGGAGAACUGCGGACAGCGGUCUAGAUGCACAGCCCAAGAAGGUCCGAAAGGUGCCACCAGGUCUCCCAUCCUCGGUGUACCCACCCAGCUCAGGUGAUGACUACAGCAGGAACACAGCCGCCUACCCGUCCACCAAGACCCCCAGCAGCGCCUACCCCACCCCCUUCUACAUGGCAGAUGGCAGCUUGCACCCCCCAGCCGAACUCUGGAGCCCCCCAGGCCAGGCAGGUUUUGGGCCCAUGCUGGGCGGUGCCUCGUCCCCCCUGCCCCUCCCACCAGGUGGCAGCAGCUCCGUGGGCAGCGGCAGCGGUGGGUUUGGUGGCCUACACCAGCACGAGCGCAUGGGCUACCAGCUGCACAGCACGGAGGUGAAUGGCGGGCUCCCAGCCGUGUCCACCUUCUCCUCGGUCCCCGCAGCCGCCUACGGAAGCGUCUCCAGCCACACGCCCCCUGUCAGCGGGGCCGACGGCCUCCUGGGCUCCCGUGGGACCACAGCCAGCAGCUCAGGGGACGCCCUUGGGAAGGCACUAGCCUCGAUCUACUCCCCAGAUCACUCAAGCAAUAACUUCUCAUCCAGCCCCUCAACCCCCGUGGGCUCCCCACAGGGCCUGGCAGGGACGUCACAGUGGCCCCGAGCCGGAGCUCCUGGUGCCUUAUCGCCCAGCUACGAUGGGGGCCUCCAUGGCCUGCAGAGCAAGAUGGAGGACCACCUGGACGAGGCCAUCCAUGUCCUCCGCAGCCACGCCGUGGGCACAGCAGGGGAUGUGCACGGGCUGCUGCCUGGCCACGGGGCACUGGCCUCAGGCUUUGCCGGCCCUGUCAUGCCACUGAGCGGGCGGCACGCUGGCCUGGUGGGAGCCGGCCACUCAGAAGAUGGCCUUUCAGGCAGCAGUGGCCUCAUGCACAACCACGUGGCCCUCCCCGACCUUUCUCGACCACCUGACUCCUACGGUGAUCUCGGGCGUGGCGCCUCUGGAGCUGGUGAGAUCAAGCGCGAGGAGCAGGAGGAUGAGGAGAACUUGGCGGCCGAGCACGAGGAGGAGAAGAAGGAGCCCAAGGCCCCGCGCGCGCGCACCAGCCCGGAGGAGGACGAGGACGACCUUCUCCCCCCAGAACAGAAGGCUGAGCGGGAGAAGGAGCGCCGGGUGGCCAAUAACGCGCGGGAGCGGCUGCGGGUCCGAGACAUCAAUGAGGCUUUUAAGGAGCUGGGGCGCAUGUGCCAGCUGCACCUCAACAGUGAGAAGCCCCAGACCAAACUGCUCAUCCUGCACCAGGCCGUGUCGGUCAUCCUGAACCUGGAGCAGCAGGUGCGAGAGCGCAACCUGAACCCCAAAGCGGCCUGCUUGAAGCGACGAGAAGAGGAGAAGGUGUCGGGCGUGGCCGGAGACCCCCAGAUGGUGCUGUCAGCUGCCCACCCUGGCCUGGGUGAGGCCCACAACCCCACCGGGCACAUGUGACAGGGACACGGCCCGGUCAAGUGACCUGACCUCAAUCUAACUGGGACGGUCACGCCAGCACCGGGUCCCCAUCUCAUGUACACCUGCAGUCAGUGCCGAGCCAGUGCGGACCUGGGGGCUCUGGUGUUGGGGCUCUAACGGCAGGCCCCACCCCAGGACUCGGCCACCCUACCACUGGCCUGCACCCAGGCCCAAGGGAGCAUUUUUUUUGUUUUUGAUAAACAAAACUGGAAAGAAAAGUAAACAGGAGAUAUAUACACUUUGUCAGAAAAGGAAAAAAAAAUGCCUUAAGUAUAAAAUGAGGAAGUACUGCUCGCUGGAGGGGCUGCAAGGGAGCCAGCUGGGUCAGAGCUGCCAGCAAAUUGUGCCUACGCCUUGAUACUUUUUUUAAGGAGAGUAAAAGGAACUUUAGUUAUGAGAUUUUUUUUUUUUUUUUAAUGUAGAAGAAAAUUAGCAAAGAAGAUGCCUUUGGUCUUUUUUUUGUUUUUUACUUUUUUUGCAUAUGUUUUGUAAGCAACAAAUUUUUUUUUGUAUAAAAGUCUUGUGUCUCUUGCUAUUUCUGCUGCUGUUUCUAGAACUGAGCAUUGCAUUUCAUGAUCAACCAGAUUAUUAAAAGUUGUAUUAAAAAGACCCAAUGUAAACCUGAGGUCCCCACCCCUGCUCCAAAGCAAACAGGACAGUGGGUUUUGUCCCUGCUGCUUCUCCUCUUGGUUUGGCUACCUGUAAAGUGGUGGGUGGGCCUUUCCCUGGGGGGACCUCCCCUGUCUCAUCCACCCUCCUCCCUCAGGAAGGGGGACACCCUGGCCCCUCAGUGGAGACACUUCCCAGUCAUUGCCAAGGCUGGCCCCAGAGCCCUGAGUUGGGACUUAGUGGGGACCGUUGUUCCUGAGCAUGGGGACCAUUCUGCCAGGACACAUAUUGGGGGGCUUCCCUAAACAACUCUUCCUGCACCCCUUUGACUAGGGGACCUGAGCCUGUUCUCUGAACUCUGGCACAGGAGCUGUGGCUCGCAGCCAGCACAGAAACUCCUGCUCCUUAAGUGGCCAACCUGGUGUGGAUGGAUCAGGGAGAGGGUACUGGGUCCCCCUGCCAGAAAGGCCAGGUUUAACGCCCAGCUGCAAACCAGAGUGUGGAACCACCCUCAGCCUCUGCCCCAGCUCCCAGUGUCCCAAAGUAUAUCUCUCCCGCUUGUCCUGGGCUGCCUGGAGCUGUCCCAGGUGCAAGUUGAAAGUCCAGGGCAGUUGAUCACCUUCCGUGUCACCUGGGCAGGGGGCCAGGUCUGCUGGGGUCUCAGCUUCCUUCCCUUUACCCCCACGUAGAGGCCUUAUGUACCACCCCACCCCCCAGUUUUUUGCCACAUGCACCCCACCAGCAUCCCAGGUGUCUUCCCCCAGGACCCCCAACCCUCACUCCCAGAGCACCAGGGCUGCCUGACACCUGCCCUACCCCUACAACUGGAACACCUCGCCUUGUGGGAACCCAGGAGCCAGCACGGGCAGGACUUCCCAGCUUGGCCCCCCAGGGGCCAAGCUCCUGACCCCUGGGGUCUGCCCCCGAGACCAUUCAGGGGACUCUCCUUGAUGACUUCCCUGGUCUGUGGGCCUUGUCGCUGGGGAACCUGCCUCAGUUUUUCUCUCUGGCCUCAGGUGGUCUCAUCUCAGACCCACAUGGUCCCAAGGCCUGCACACUCUGAAAUGUGUAUUACAUAUAUAAUUUAAAUACUUAUAUACACACACACACACAUAAAAUGAGAUUAACACAGCCUUGGAGAAGGGGAAGAACCACAGUUACAGGGGAAAUUGUUCUCUGAGUGCCUCAGGAUAACUGAUUUUUUUUUAAUGGUUUUUUAAAGAAGAAUAAUUUUAUACAAGUGUCAACACAGCUGGCUGGAUUUUUUUAAUGAUCCUCUUUAAAGUCGAUUUAGAGACCUGUCCUGUACAUAACAGCACUGUAGCAAUAAAUGUGACAUUUUAUGGCUGUCCCCGGAUCAUUCAGCUGCCUUGUGCUUGCUUGUUGAAAGGGGGCUAGGGAAGGGUGGGAUUGUCAGGAAGGUGGCCCCGCCCCCGUGUCCACCUAUGCGCUCACUGGGUGGCCUGAACACCUACUAAGGAUGGCACCGGGGCUGUGGCCUUAGGGGCGCAUCUCCGGGGGCAGCUGAAACAGUUCCCCACAGGGGGCGGGGUGGGGGGAGGACUUGAAAACACUGAACUUACUCUGUCACUUUCUGGAAGCCAGAAGUGCCAGGUCCAGGUGUGCCAAGAUCGUGCUCCCUCCUGACACUCUUGAGAGGGUUCUUGCUGCUGCUUCCAGCCUCUGGGGGCCCUGGGGUACCUUGGUCUGCAGCUUCAUCCCCCCCCCCACCUCAGCCUCUGUCUUCACGCGCCUUCUCCCCGUGUCUGGGUCCAAAUGUCCCUCUUACACAGACUCCUGUCACUGCCUUAGGGCCACAAAAGUAUCCAGAACGACCUUGACUAAUCACAUCCACAAGGACUUUUUCCAAAUAAGGUCUUGUUCAUGGUUGGGGCGGAUAGUUCAAGACUUGAACACGACCUCUGGGGGACAAGAGUUCAGCUCUCCACUGGGGUUUGGGAACACGGUCGGGAACGAGGCCAGUGGAACCUCAGGCUGAACAGGAAGCAGGUGAUUCCGCAUUCUAGAGCAAAGCUGCUGAGGCAAGGCCAGAGACCGGCCCUUGGAAUGAGGGCUUCUGGGAUGUGGCAGCUGACUGGCUCCUGGGGAAAGGCCUCUCCCUGAGACGCCACCUAUUUGUUUUUAAAGUUAACAACGCAGCACACCAUUGAAUGAUGCACAUUAAAUGGGUGAAUUGUAUGGUGCCUGGGUUUUCUCCCAAUAGAAAUGUUUUAAAAUACCUCAAUGGCGCAAAAAUCCUCAUCUCGUGAGGUGUUGCCUCUCUGUCCCAAUAAGGGCUGGCUCCAUGGAAACUUCUGGAAGGAGCAUCUGCUUGACUGGGUUCAGAGAAUUCUGGUGGGUAGCAGAUGGGGCACAGAGAGCAGCCCUGCCACCGGCAUGCCUGGGAGGGAAGGGACAUGCCAGCCAGAUGGUGCCCUUGCUGCAGGAUGGUGGGGGCCUCAAGAAGGAGGCCCAUGUCCUGACCUGUGAACAGGACCCUAUGUGGCAGCUGUAAUCAAGUGCAGGCUCUCAAGAUCAUCCUGGAUUAGGGGGACUCCAAAUCAAGGACAAGUGUCCUUAUAAGAGACAGAAGAGGAGAAGCCAAGAGAAGGAAAGGGUUGGAGGGUGGCAACCCCAAGCCAGGGGAUGCAUGGAGUCCCCAGAAGCUGGGGGAAGCAGGAAGGACCCUCGCCCAGAGCCUCCAGGGGGACCACAGCUCUGUGAAACCUUAGCUGGCCUCCAGAACUGGGACAGGAUAAAUCCCUUAUGUUUUUUGUUUGUUCUGUGGCAGUGCCAGUGGCAUGUGGAAGUUCCCAGGCUAGGGAUGGGACCCACACCAUAGCAGCAACCCGAGCCACAGCAAUGACAACACCAGAUUCUUAACCCAUUGUGCUACCAGGGAACUCCCGUCCCUACUGUUUCAAGCUGCCCAGCUUGUGGUCCUGUGUCACGGCAGCCACGGGAAGAAGAGCCUGUGUGUCUGUCCCUUUUUUAAAACAAGUCCGCUGUGGCUCAGUGGUAACAAACCCAACUAGCAUCCAUGAGGACGUGGGUUUGAUCCCUAGCCUCGAUCAGUGGGUUAAGUAAGGAUCCAGCGUUGCUGUGAACUGUGGUGUAAGUUGAAGAUGCAGUUCGGAUCCCGCAUUGCUUGUGGCUAUGGUGUAGGCUGGUGGCUGCAGCUCUGAUUUGACCCCUAGCCUGGGAACUUCCAUAUGCCACAAAUGUGGCCCUAAAAGAAAAAAAAAAAAAAAAAAGGCAGCAACAAGUCCAAAUGCAACAGGGACUCCAGUAAACAGGUGGGACCAUAAACAGCUACAACAGCUUUAGAAAAGAGGUUGGCAGUACACCUGAAACUCACCUAACUUUACAUGUCAACUCUACCUCAGUAACAAUAAGAAUGAUCACAGCAUCCAGCAGUUUCUCCCACAGUUAAACAUAAGCCUCCCCUAGUAGUCAGCUAGCAGCCAGCCCAGCCCAGGUGACCACCCAGGAGACAUGUCCACACAAAGACCUGGACACAACUGCUCAUCACAGAUUCCUUUCCAAGCCCCCAAACAUGGAAACAACCCACAUGUCCUUCAACAGGCCAGUGGAUAAACACCCAGGUCCACCCACUCUAUGGAACCCAACUCUGCAGAAGGAAUGAACCACUGACAGAUGCAAUGGCUUGGAUGACUCAAAACAACUGUGCUGCAUGGAUGCAGCCAGACCUCAAAGAGAACGGAGUCUAUGAUUCCCUUCUGUGGAAGAGUCUAGAAAGUGCAGAAUAAUUCAUAGUAGCAGAGAGCAGAUGCUGGUGGCAGGGGCUGGGAAGGGGAAGUGGGAGGGGUUCAAAAGGGCAGGAGGAAUCUCCCAGGGGGAGAGGGGGCUGUUCAGCAUCUCCACAGCAAUGAUGGUUUCACCAGUGUGCACAGGUGUCCAAGUGCCAAGUUAAAUGCUUUAAGUGCGUGCAUUUUUGUAUGUCAAAUAUGUCCCCAUAAAGCUCUAAAACCUCUAAAAGAAAAGAAUCUGUCAACAGAUGAAAGGACCACUCAGAACACCACAUGGUCCCUCCACACAUAGGAGCAUCACUCAGCCCUGAAGGAGAAAGAAGCACUGAUACUCGCUACCACGUGGACGGACCUGGAGACCACAACGCUCAGUGACAGAAGCAGACACAGAAGGACACACAGUGUGGGAUUCCAUGGAUGGGAAACGUCCAGAACAGGCAUAUCCCCAGACACAGAGAGGGGGUCCUGGUUGUCAGGGGCUGGGGAUGGGGUUGACGUUGCUCCUGGGGUGAGGACAAUGUUCUGGAAUAAAACAGAGAUGGUGGGUACAUGAUCUUGUGAAUGUACUAAAGGCCACUAAACUGUACACUUAAUUAAUUAUUUAAUUAAUUAAUUUAUUUAUUUAUGGCGGCAUCCUCAGCAUAUGGAGUUCUCAGGCCAGGCAUUGGCCUACAGCACAGAUUCAGAAUGCUGGGUCCUUAACCCAUUGUGCCAGGCUGGUGAUCAAACCCACACCCUUGAAGUGGCCCAAGCCACUGCAGAGACAAUGCUGAUUCUGCUGUACCACAGGGGGAACUUCCUAAACUGUACACUUUAAAAUGGUUAAUUGUAUGUUAUGUGAAUUUCAUAUCAGUUAAACACAAGAAAAGGAGUUUGGUUUCCCAAGGGCCAGAUGAGGAUCCUACAGGGAACCCCAGAGGCCUGGGCAGAGAGCCAGUGGUGUGCCAGGGUAGCCAACCAUUCUGGCUUAUCCUCCAUCUCUUCUGGUCACAUAACCCUGGUAUUCUCUUUUGGGGAUCCUCUCCCAAUUUCAGUCCAUGUUCUCAUGUGAGAGGGGGUGAUUCUGCCCUGUUUCCAUAGCAGGCUAAUGAGAACCAGCUUUGGGGCAUUCUCUGUGAUUAUUUGGAAAGAGGUGCCAUCUUCCUGCAAGGGUUGCUGGAAUGUCAACCCAGAGUUUCUGGGUGCCUCUGCUCAGAGGGAGUUCACCAGAGAGUGAGAGCAACACAAAAGAGCUGAGAAAUGGAGGGAAAGAUUCAUGAUAGUGCUAGACUCCUGGAUCCACCUGUGCCUGAAGCCAUCCAACAUGCCUUUAAACGUCCAUCUUUUCUCUUAAGCCGACUUUUGUUCUUUAUCACUUGAAAGGAAAAGUAUUCUGCAUCAUGAGCUGAAGUGCAUUAAGCAGAAGGAACAAUGAGGCAGAGCUUCAGAAAUUGCUGGAUCCAGGACCUGCAGCGCCAAGGCCUCUACACCCACCUCUGCUCAUCUUUUUGGGCUGGUAUAUUCUUCUGCCUCAAGAUUUCUCUCUCUCUGUAAUUUUCAGGGCACCCUCUAUGUCCCACAUGUUAAGGGUCCAUCAAGGACAGAGGUUUAUUCGGGUCCUCUCUGCCCCACCCCCCACCCCCGUGGCCAGGGGCAGGUGAGAACCUGCAGCCCCUGAAACUGCAGUCUUGGAGGGUGCCCAGGUGCUGAUUCCAAAAGGACUGGAACGCGACGAAAUGGGCAGACAAACCCAGAGUCCAGUCCUCAUACCCAAGCCUGCAUUCGACACUGGUGGUCCCAAAGGCGGUGACUGAAGAAGGCGAGCUUGGGGCGGCGGGAAGCAGGGUGAGGAGGAGCCGCCUGUCCGGGUCCCAGCAGCUAACAGGUGUCCUGAAGUGCUGACAAUGCGAGGAGCCAGGCCUCCCUCUGCCGCCGGAGUGAGGAAUCACUCCCAAACGAAACGUGCAAACAAUUUACAACAGGGUCUCUUAGCAACAAACAACUCAGCGCGAGCAAACCGACGCUCGGAGGCUCGGGGUAGCACUGCUAUCUGGCCAAGGUCCCGCUGACAGCAAGUCCAGUGAGAACGCCUAAAUCCUCCAAAAGGGAGUUCAAAACGCCUCCUUUCCCCUCUGCGACACUCUUCCUCGUAUGGCCUCGGUUUAACUGUUAAUAAAGUUCUGGCAUGUAGUAAGGACACAAACUCACCGGACAAAUGUCGCGGGCCACGCUUAGUUGCUGGAGGCUGCUCAGCAGGAGUCACUCUGACCUGCGGAGCGGAGGGGCAGGGCCGGCGUCCUCGGGUCCCGCGGCAAGAAAGCCCCGCCCCCAGGCCCGCCCACUCCAGUGUGCGAUCUUCAGACCCUCCCCGGAAGCGAUUGCAAAUGUCUUCCAAGUCUGAGCGCCCUGCAGCGGUGGGCUCCGGGUCUCGCGCAGUCAGCCCGCCCAGACGGGGCGGGGCUUCCUUGAGGGCCUGCGCGCAGCGGCGGUCGCGCCUGCGCAGUGCGUCCGAGCCGAGGGGGCCGGGGUCACCCUGAGCUAAGACUGCGCCGCAAUGCUGAGCAGGUUCCUGGGUCCGCGCUACCGCGAGCUGGCCAGAAACUGGAUUCCCACGGCCAGCAUGUGGGGUGCUGUGGGUGCCGUGGGGCUGGUAUGGGCCACUGACUGGCGGCUGAUUCUGGAUUGGGUGCCCUACAUCAAUGGCAAGUUUAAGAAGGAAGAUUAAACUGAGCCCCCUCAGACCCCUCUGGCAUCUGGUGGUGCUGCCUCCUUCAUCUGCAUCUGGAAUAGCCCAGGCUCUCAGGAUGGACUUCGGGGAAGUACACAACAAAUAGACUUUCUAUGUUGUGGAAAUCGCUUUGGUGUGUGAAUGCACAGCAUUAAACUUGUUCUGAAACCUG